AAACGACAACAGUUCAACCGACAAAGCGCAAGCUCAGCAAUUGGAUAACCCCUCAACUUAAGCAAGGAAUCUUUAAUAAUGAAGUUCUUCGUGUGCAUCUUGGCUUUGGUGGGCGUGGCACAGGCUGGUCUUCUGCCCCAUCUGGAUGGCCAUCAUGGUUACCACCACGAGGAGCUGCCGCAUCUGUUGGACGCCGAGAUCCACCAUUCGGAUGGCAUCCAUUUGGGACACAGUGCCGCACUUGUGCACGAUGACCACCAUCUGAACCACCACCUGGAUCACCAUUUGGAUCAUCAUCUGGUGGAGUCCCUGCCAACCACUGUGUACCACCAUGAGCCGCACCACUACCACUACGCCCGUCUGCAUUCCGCUCCGGUGGUUCAUCACCAUCACGUUGACACCCAUGCCGCCGUGGUGCACCACAAUGUGGUUCCAUCCCACUUCGAUGUCCACAGCCACUCGAACCUUCUGUCCUUUGCCAAACAUGCACUGCACAACAAGUACGGCAAGGUCAGGAUCACCGAGACCCAUUAUUGAGAGAUUCCAAAAACAUCCAUUGCCCAUAAAACCACUGACUAGCCAAACGCUCUUUUAUUGUUAAUUUAUUAAGCACUUAGUUUAGUCUACGAAAAAAAACUCAAACGAACGGGUGAAAAUUUGAAAGAUAAACUCAGGAUUUUUAUAAAAAUAAAUAUUUAAGUCCAAUGUAAAUACAGACGUGUUUUGAUUUAUA